UAUUCUAUGCACGGCCACAUCCAACAAAUGGUCGAGGCGGAAAAGCGAGGCAUCGAAGCCGCCGGUGGGAAAGUUGAUAUCUUUCAGGUUGCCGAGACGCUUCCUACAGAGGUGCUGGAGAAGAUGCAUGCGGCUCCCAAGUCAGACAUUCAUCCAGUAAUACCACCAGAGAAGCUAGCCGAAUACGAUACUUUUCUACUUGGAAUUCCCACUCGAUUUGGCAACAUGCCGGCACAGUGGAAGGCGUUCUGGGACAGCACAAGCGGCCUGUGGAGAACAGGCGCUCUUUGGGGCAAGUAUGCCGGGGUGUUCAUUUCUACAGGGACAUUAGGCGGUGGCCAAGAGGCUACAGGUAUUUCGAUGUUGAGUACACUUGCCCACCAUGGGAUCAACUUUGUGCCGCUUGGAUAUAAGAAUACACUUCAGUUUCUGGAUAGUUUGGAUGAAGUCCACGGCGGAAGUGCUUGGGGAGCUGGGACAUUGGCUGGACACGGAUCACGUCAACCCAGGCUGCUGGAGAUCCAGCUUGCUGAGGUGCAAGGGAAAUCAUUUUAUGAGCGGGUGUCUAAGGUGGACUUUUCCUGA